AUGGAACAGGCGCAACCUCCAGUGGCACCCAGCCUAAAGGACACUUGCCAGGCGGCGCGUUACGCUUUUGAAGCCUACAACGCGCCAGGGACCAGUCCUACUUAUGCCUCCGGAAGCACCGGCGUCGCCGAGGUGGUUUUCAUGGACCAGAGCUUCAUUGAACGCGGCAACACAGGCAACGGCGGCAUCUUGGUUGUCGAGCUGACUGACGCUCUGGCACUUAAGCCCUUCUGUGGCGUCAGUCUGUCAGUCGAGCUAUGCAUCCAACCCCGAAUCCUUCGAGCCGCUGCAGCUGCCACUGCUGCCAAGGGUGAGCAGCAGCAGGGCAGCAUUCGGGGAGCUGCAAUUCACGUCAGUCUACCGCUGAAGGGGCAGGACAAGCAAAUUGUGCUUGGUGUACGGGACAAAACAAAGGACCUGCUCCAUCUGACGCUGUACUACGGCAACGAAAUAUGCAACGGGGGCGUGCCGCCGGAGCCGGUACACAUCCGUAUUCCCCUGACGGACGUGGGUGCAAACCGGUCCACUAAAGUUGUACCAAUGCAGGCACUACUCAGGGAGGCAGCUACUGCUGCCAACGUUGCUGGCUCCUCCACCAGCACGAAUGCGGGCGGCAAUGAUCCAGCUGCUCCUAACCAAAUGAGUUUCACAUGGCUGCUGGCCCCGUUCUCCGACAACCCUUUCGCCGGGAAGAAUAUACUGCCCCGGGAACAACCAUUAGUGAAGAUCGCACACGACAUCAUGAGUUUCGCAUUCAAGUUCCGUGUGGAUUUCGCCGACAUCAAUUGGGGAUCCAUUCAGGAGCUUCCGUCGAGAAAAUCGCAAGAGAAGGUCAACUGGGACGAGCUGAGCCGCAAGGCGGGCGCCGAGGAUCUCACCCUGCUGGCCUACGUCAACUGCCCCGACACCGAUACAGUGUGGAUAGCUCAGGUUCAGCACCUACCACCGGCAUCCAAAGGAAUCUGCCGGAUUGACGACGGCUCAACUCCAUUCCUGGUGUGGUUCUACCGGAACGAUAGUUGCGGAAAGGUGAUGGUGUCGUUCCGUGGGACAGAAACAGACUCCCUGGCCAACAUGUUAACGAAUGCCAAUCUGUUCCUCACGCCACCAGACGACCUGAAUCCCCUGGAGGCCAAUGGCCUGGAUGGCAAUAGGCUGGAGGCCCAUGAUAAGAGGGUGCCUGCUGUCACUCCUGCUGCUGAUACUAUGAAGCUUGUAAGCGACACUAGCCCAAAGACGUUCACUCCACCGCAGGUCCUGGUGCACACCGGCUUCCUCCGCGCCUACAUGAGCAUCCGCGCGACGAUCAUGUCGAUUCUGGAUCUGCUCAUUUUUGACCAGCAGGAUCCGGCAGGCGGUGCUCUGGCAACGCUGGCGACAUACGACUUGAGCGCCCGCAAGCAAGAAGGGGUCUUCACUGGCGAUAUUCUGUGUUACACCUUCGGCAGCCCCCGUGUGGGCAACUUGGUGUUCAUGAACGAGUUCAAUAAGCUGGCUUCAAAUGCCUGGCGUUUGACCAACACCAAGGACCUGAUCCCCAGGGUCCCUGAUAGGCCUCUCCUGCAGGGCGCCCGCGACCCCAACUUCAAGUACUACCAUGUGGCCGCCCACUGGGAUCUGCAGACAGCGGAGAACGACCCAAAAGCUCGUGUGGGCCCUAUUGCGGAUUCCGGCCCACACCGGCUCCCAGUGCCGUCAACCCUGGACGGAAUCAGGGAGGGCAUUGAAGCCCACCUGGAGGUUGCAUAUUACAACGGGCUUUGUAAAUAUCCUAAGUUGAAACGCCCCCGGGAAAUGGUCGACCAGGCCCAGCCACAGGCGGCUGAGGCCCUGGCAGAGCCCCCAACCCAGCAGGCUCCUGCUGCAUGA